GAUGGUUAUAAAUGAAGAAAGAACAAAAUCAGUAACUCCAGAGAAAUAACUAGAAACUACUCCUCAUUUGAGUUCUAUAUUAAAAUCUAGAAUUAAAAAAAAUGAAGAAAAUGCUAAUUAUUUAAAUAAUAAUGAAGAAUAAUUAAAUAAUAAUUAAAUUAAGUCUAUAGAACUAAAAUUCAAAAUAAAAUUACAAGAAUAAGAGAAUACAAUUAAUUUAUUGAAAUAACAUAUAGAGAAUAUUGAAAAUAAACAUAAAGAAAACUUAUCAAAGAUGAGAGAUUAAUUAAUUAAAGCCUAAGAUGAAAUAUUUAAAAAAUAAGAAGAAUAAAUUCAUGAAAUUAAUAAAUUAAGAAAAUCUUAUGAUGAUAAAAUAGCUCAAUAUAUAUCUUAAGUUGAUAGUGAAACUUAAUUUAAUAAUUCCCUAUAAUCAAAAUUAGAUGAAUUAAGGUAUUUUUAUUAUAUAUUUUAUAAGAAAUGUUCAUUAAAUUAAACAAUAAGAAUCAUAAUAAACAAUUUCAUAAUUAAGAGCUGAAAUUGAAAGAAGAAAAUUUUAAGAAGAAUAAAUUUUGAUAGAUGCUGAAAAUUAAUAAAUUAAAUUAAAAAAAGAAAUUCAAUAAGAAUUUGAAAAAAACAUUACAAUUAUUAGAAAUGAUUGUAUUUUAUAAAUAGAUGAAUUUAAAUAAAAAUUAACAGGAAAAGUAGAAUAAAUUUAAUCUUUACAAUAAUAAAUUUAAUAAUUAUAAAAUACACUUAAAGAAAUUGAAAUUGUAUGGUAAAAGAAAUUAUAAUAUGAAUAAUAAUAAUAUGAGGAAUUAAAGUAAUAAAUUUAUUAAUUUUAGAAAUAAAUACACACAAAAUAAAGAUGAAUGUGAAAAUCUUAAAAAAGAAUUAAAGAAUCUUUAAUCAGAGAUUUCUAUAUAUUAAAAAGAAAAUGAAUUGUUUUAAAAAGAGAAAUUAUCAUUAACAAAAUAAUUAAAUCAAUAAAUGGAAAAAAAUGAGAAAAUGGAUAGAUUCAUAUAUGGAUCAAAAAAAUCAUAAACAAAAAUCAAAAUCUGA